CACACAGAAGUCCAGGUGUCGGACUCGGACACAGAAAUUGAGAGGAAGGUCAGGGGUCCGGGGCAAAUUUGUUGGCGGUCGAGGUCGUGAGGAUGCUGGACUACGAGGAGAGGACGGCGUUCCUUGGCGAAUGGGGAACCUUCCAGAAGAUGAUCUUCUUCCUCCUCAGCCUCAGCUGCAUACCCAACGGCUACGUUGGCAUGGCGAUGGUGUUCCUCGUGGACAUCCCCCCCCACCGCUGCCGGGUCCCGGGGCUGAACAGCAGCGGCUUCAACCUGGACCUCAACCUGUCGUUCCCCCUGGAGGAGGUGAAGGGGGAGGUGGUCCUCAGUCAUUGCCUGAGGUACCAAGAGCCUCCGGGUCCCGACGGCAACGAGACCGAGGGAUGUCUGGACGGCUGGGAGUUCAGCACAGAGAGAUACACCUCCACCAUCGUGACUGAGUGGAACCUGGUGUGUGAGGAUGACUGGAAGACUCCUUUCACUGCCACCAUCUAUUUUGUAGGUGUUUUCUGCGGUGCCUUCCUGUCAGGGAUUGUCUCAGAUAGAUUCGGGCGCAGGUUGGUCCUCUUUGGCACCUUGGCAAUGCAGACAGUGUUCACCCUCCUCCAAGCAGCCUCUACCAGCUGGGAAAUGUUCUGCUGUUUCUACUUCAUUGUGGGGAUGAGCGAGACAUCCAACUUCAAUGCUGCCUUCAUACUGGGCUCUGAGCUCCUAACUAAAUCAGUCCGCGUCUACUUUGGUGCCCUGGGGGUAACUUUAAGCUAUGCCUUGGGCUACACCGUGCUGCCCCUGGCAGCCUACUGUUUCAGGAGCUGGAGGCUCCUCCUGGUUGUCCUCGCCAUCCCUGGCUUCCUCUACAUCCCUCUCUGGUGGUACAUUCCAGAGUCUCCUCGCUGGUUAUUGGCCCAGGGCAGACUGAAGGAGGCGGAGUCUAUCAUCAAAGCAGCUGCCAAGAUGAAUGGUCUUACGGCUCCUGAUGUUAUCUUCACCGAAGAUGUCACUGCAGAACUCAUGGAAAACAGAACCAAGGAGAGCUCACGCCUAUACAACUGGCUGGACCUGGUCAGAACCAGGAACAUACGCAACCUCACCAUCAUUAACAUCCUCAUCUGGACAAUCAGCUCCAUGACAUAUUAUGGGAUGUCCCUGAACACGCCCAAUAUGGACGGAGACCCCUACUUCAACUGCUUGGUUGCGGCGGCCACAGAGUUCCUGGCGUACGGCAGCGUCUGGUUCUUGAUCCGCUACACCCCCCGACGCUUCACCCUCCCCUUCACCCUGCUGCUGUCUGGAGCCCUGCUGCUCUUCAUCAAGCUCAUACCUGAUGAACUGAGCGGCCUGACCCUAACCCUGGUGAUGGUGGGGAAGACGGGUGUGACGGGGGCGUAUGCCUUCCUGUUCCUGUACACGUCGGAGCUCUUCCCCACCGUGGUGAGAAACAUGGCCGUGGGAGCCACCUCCAUGGCAUCGCAUUUGGGCAGCACCGUCUCCCCAUACAUCGCCUUCAUGGGUACAUACAACAAGUUCCUACCUUUUAUCUUGAUGGGUGGAGCCACUGUCAUGAUCGGGUUGUUGAGCUUGUGGCUACCUGAAACUAAAGGUGAAAUACUUCCAGAAUUCAUCCAUCAGGUGAAACCGCUUCAAAGUUUUGUUAUGGGUCUGUGAAUGACACAGGUCUUGGUCCGGACCUCUACGUUUGGGACGACUCCUUUUUAGUCUGGCAUUACCUUGAUGAUUCUGCCUAACAGCCAGGAGUUCCUUGGAAGUGACGAAUCUGCGACGAGGACAACAUCUCCAACCUUGAAACUUUUCAGGCCGAGCCACUUUUGCCGUGUUUUGCAGGACACAUUUGGUCAUUUAGCAGACGAUCUUAUCCAGAGCGACUUACAGUAAGUACAGGGACAUUCCCCCUGAGGCAGGUAGGGUGAAGUGCCUUGCCCAAGGACACAACGUAAUUUGGCACAGAGGGGAAUCGAUUCGGCAGCCUUCUGAUUAUUAGGCCGACUCCCUCACCGAUCAGCCAUCUGACUCCCCCCAUUUGAUGUGUUUAGAAACCUAUGCUAUAUACAGGACACGUUAGCAUUGCUAAUAACUGUUAGCACAACAUCAUACUAUCCUUACAGCUUGCGUUUGCAAUGAGCAUACGGUCGGAACAGCACCUCUUUCCAGGUUCAGUCUCCUAGCAAAUCAUGCUUGAAAUUGUCUAGGGUUGUCUAAACCAGUGGUUUUCAAACUUUUUGUGCCCAAGGCACACCAAAAGGCAUGUCAAAAUCUCAAGGCACACCUGUAUUCAUAUCUGUGCAAAGCGCCUCUAUAACAUGUGUUAUCACUCUGUAAACGUUUAUUUUUAUUUACUGAUGUUAUGGGGAAAGGUGCCAUCGCUGAGGGUCCAAUUAGAAUGAAGAAAAAAAGGGAGACUUGGAUAUCCAUAACUCUUUGUAUUAAAUACUUGUAAAAACAAUGAAUUCAUUGAGGUGUUGGUGGGUGUAUGUGGUAAAGCACAAACAGAAAAUAUACAAAAUGCAGGUGUCAUGCAUAACUCAGAAAUUAAUACAUAACUCUGUAGUACCAUUUGAAUGAUACAUUAUACAGGGAACUAGCCCUUGUGAGGCCAACAAUGACGGUGUUUCACUGGGCAUACAAUGUGACUUCCAUGUAUGACUGAAGUGACCUAUAUACAAGGGUACCACACUAUAAAAACCUUUAAAGACAACCAAGUACAAGAAAGUGCAAAAGUGCCCGGACCAAGCUGCCACUCCAUCCGAAUGUGCCGUAAAGCAAACCAAAAACAUUUGUAACGUGCGGAGUAGAGUCAUGUGACCAACGUGAUUUCCAUAUAUGGUCAUUUAAAUAGACACGCAUUAUGGGCAACUGGGCAACUUAACUUAUUAUGGCCUCUUUUUUUUUUUACAACUAAUGCCAAAUACAAUUAGUCAAAAAACUAUAUUACUACUUAUUAAAUAUUUACUGACAAACUAAUUCUAUAAUUAAUUUGAAAGUUUGUAAACUUACAACUAAUGUAUAUUUGAAUCAGCAUUUAAACAUUUUAUAUUGUACAUUUGCUAUUUAACAUUUGCUAUUUUGCCUGCUUACAAGCUAGUGAGAAACAUGUGCCUGUCGUUGCUCGCAGAUUUUUUUAAUUCUUGGUGGUACUGAAGAGAGGGCCACUCGCAAGUCCUGUUCAACGGAGAGGCGUGACCUCCUGUUGCUCUUCAUGUAAACUAGAGUAGAGAAUGCCAACUCACACAGGUAGGUAGUGGGAAAAAGAAGAAGUUGUUCAAUCGCGUGGCGGGAGAUAGUUGGGUACUCUGAUGCAGAAGCCAACCAAAACUGAUCCAGUGGGAGCUCACUAAAUUUGAGUUUCAUUGUGCGGUCCAUCCGGAGCUCUGCACAUUCCUCUCUUUCCCUCAAAAUGAGCUUUUGUGUUGAGGAUUCCUGAUUGAAUGGGGCUCGAAUCCAGUCAAAGUCCUCGAUGUCGGCCACACGUGGAAAGUAGCGCUCAAACCUCUCUUUUAAUGUCUGAAGGUGUUCAGCAAAUAAAGCGCGCUCCCUAGCAGCCUGUGGCGCGGCUGAUGCCAGUGGGAACAUCUCCAUGGAACCCUGUUACAAAGCCUCCUGCCACAGGAUAAGCUUGCCCAUAAACCCCCGAAUCUUGUCUGUGGACGAUAGAAUGUUCUCAUUCCUGCCCUGAAGCUUGGUGUUUAACUCGUUGAGAUGCCCAAAAAUAUCUGCAAGGUAAGCCAGCUUGGCGCCCCACCUCUGAUCCGCGAGCUUGUCCUUAUGAGGGACAGGGUGUUCCUUCGAAAACUCCAAAACCUCUUCUCGCAGCUCAUAAAGACGGGACAGGACUUUUCCCCGUGACAGCCAACGUACCUCUGUGUGGAGGAGUAGGCUUUGGUGGUCAGCUCCCAUCUCAGCGCACAGUUGGGAGAAUAGCCGAGACUUUAAUGGCCUUGAUUUGAUGUAAUUCACCACCUGCACAGAUUGAUCCAGCACCUCAGCCAACUCCGGGGGCAUGGUUUUGGCAACUAAUGCCUCGCGAUGUAAAAUACAGUGGUUUGUCACAAUAUUUGGGUUUUGUUCUUUCACCUUGGCAAUAAAACCUCUCACUCUCCCCGUCAUGCAUGCCGCACCAUCUGUACAAAGACUGACGCACAUUUCCCAGGUCAGACCUUUCUCUUUUAAAUAGUCAUUAGUUACCCUGAAUACCUCUUCCCCUGUUGUGUGGCUUUCCAUUUCUUUACAGAAUAAAAAAGUCUCUUUGAUUGAAUCACCAUCAACAUAUCUGACGUUUGCCAGGAGUUGGGCAGCCCCACUUAUGUCAGUUGACUCGUCCACCUGUAGAGAAAAUGUGCCGCUGACCUGCAGUUUCUCCGUCAACUGUUGUUCUAUGUCAUCUGACAUGUCAUCGAUCCUUCUUUUAACUGUAUUAUCUGACGAAAGCACUUUUGAUAAGGCAUUUGCGGCAUCUGGACCCAGCAUGACACCUGCAAUUUUUUUUAAAGCGGGGAGGAUGAGCGUCUCCGCUAUUGUGUGUGUUUUUUUCUGCUUUGCAAUAAACUCCGCUAGCAUAUAA